AUGCUACGAACGUUCUACUGUAGCCUGUCAACCAUGAAUAACCAACUGAAAAUCAGCCAUUUACGAGUUCCAUAUAGAAAAUCCAAUGAUAUAUUUGAUAUUAUAAAUUUAAAGUACAAAGAUCCCUUACUUUUGUUUAAGUCGUGGUUUGAAGAAGCUAUCGAAUGUGAAAAUGUUUUUGAACCUAAUGCAAUGGCUCUUGCAACGUGUAGCAAACAGUGUAUUCCAAGUGUACGGUUUGUUCUUUUGAAAGAAUUGGAUGAAAAUGGAUUUCACUUUUUCACUAAUUAUAAUAGCAGGAAAGCUCAAGAGCUUGAUAGUAAUCCACAUGCAAGUCUUGUUUUUUAUUGGGAACCCCUUAAACGUCAGGUACGUGUGGAAGGCGUUGUUUCACGUGCUUCAGAGGAAGAGAAUGAAGAAUAUUUUCAGUCCCGUCCGAAGGCUAGUCAAAUUUCUGCUACAGUUAGUUCACAAAGUGAACCAAUUCCUUGUCGUGAAUUUCUGGACAAAAAGUACGUAGAAUUAGAAAAUGAAUAUGCUGCGAGAGAAAAGCUUCCAAAGCCUUCAAAUUGGGGAGGAUAUAUUCUGUCUCCGAAAUCAAUUGAGUUUUGGCAAGGUCAAACAAACAGACUACAUGAUCGUAUUAGAUUUCGUCGUUGUGAUCAAAUUCCAGAAAUAAAUGGAUCUGACCUAGUACAUGUUGGAGAAAAUGGUUGGGUAUACGAACGACUAGCUCCAUAG